AUGGGGGCACGCGACAAGAAGAGGGGAAGGGUUUUCCCUUUUCCUGGACCUUUCCCCUUCCCCACCCACUCGUUGGGGAUCCCUCUUUGCCUGCAUGUAAGACUGAGGGAUUCGCAUUCUACUUUCACUUCUGAAGCUGCCUCCGUUAGCCGCGACAUGUCUCCGGGGAGUUCUGCACCCGUUAGCCAUCUGUCUCUCUUGUUCCACCUUCCUCCAUCCCGAUUUUUUGCCCUCUUCCUCUUGUCAGUAAUCCCCCUAGCUCUUCUCGCCCUCAUCCCUCGCCUCGACCUCCGAGGCAGCUCCAUCGAGGCACCAUCUUCACGGAUUCACGGUUCCUCUGAGGAUGAGGAAGAAGAAGAAGAAGUCGUGCCUAUUCGCUCUAUUAUGCUUCAACCUUCUUCAUUUCGACCUCCUUCUCCACGUCGUGAGGCCGAUCCUGUAGAGGACAAGCUAGCUUAUGGGAUAGAGGGUCCUCAGGCCAUGAGGAUUCGUCAGGCUGUCAACCCCUCUAUUGACAAAAAGAAAGAAAAAGAGGUUGUGGAGAUCGAUGAAGGUGUCAACCCCUCAGUUGACAAAAAGAAAGAAAAAGAGGAUAUGGAAAAGCAAAAGAGGUUGUCAAACCCUCUGUUGAAAAAAAAGCAAUUUGUCGGGCCGAACGUAGUGUUGAGUCCAGCAAGCAGCAACCCCCAGAUUCGACCAACGAGAAGGACAACCUCUGAUAAGAAAAUUCAUAUCAACGAGGACAUUCUCGUCGUGUCUUCUCGUUCCAUUGCCACCGCGACCAAGGCCAUGACCAUCACGUUGUACUUGGCCAAUGCUCUACCUUCGGCCGACACUGGUCGAUGGGGUAGUGAUAGGAAGAGGUGGGCUGAGGAUGUAAGUCGCAAUCUUGGGCAGGUCUUGUGCCGAUGCUCAAUGAAGAUCUGGCCGAGCAGAACGAGCUCCACAAGGAGAUAG